AAACAAAUAAUAUUUUUAUGCGACCGCCCUAAAUUCCUACUCCUGCUCUCUCUCUCUCUCUUCACAGCGACGGUUCCGUCACUUGUCGCUGCCGACGGAGAACGAGAAAUCGCAGAGGGAAAAGGUUACUCACAAUCAGUGGCGAUUUUCCGGCGAGGGCUUCGUCGUCACAGCCAGCAGCAACUCACCAUCCUUUCUCACGCUGAUUUAAUUUCGCCGGAUUGCUCACAUUAAUCUUUUGAGGUGGUGGCAGCACUUUCUAGGAAUCUCUUCAGACUACACAACAACGAUGUCUCGACUCUGUGUGAAGAAUUUGCCCAAGAAUGUUAACGAGAAGCGCCUCAGGGAAUUCUUUUCUCAGAAAGGAGAAGUUACUGAUGCCAAGAUCAUGCGAACCAAAGAUGGUAACAGCAGGCAGUUUGGCUUUGUUGGUUACCGGACCGAGGGAGAAGCUGAAGAAGCUGUCAAGUACUUCAACAACUCUUACCUGGAUACUUCUAGAGUUGUCUGUGAGAUUGCUCGUAAAGUUGGAGACCCAAAUAUUCCUCGUCCAUGGAGUCGGUAUUCCCUGCAGAAACAGGAGAACUUGGAUGAGGGAAAGAAAGUUGAUUCCAAAAGUGGAGGACUUGGAAGUCCUAUAGGAGGAAAAAAGAAAAGUAAAAAGGGCAAGGUGGAUGAUGACCCACAGCUUCAGGAGUUCCUUCAGGUAAUGCAGCUGAGGGUCAAGUCAAAAUUGUGGGGUAACGAUUCACUUACUACCCACGUUCAUGAGCAGAAUAAAAAAUCUGGCAACCAAAACACUCAACUAAAAGGCAAAGAAACAGUGGCUUCAGUUUUGGCUCAGCUAGAUGACAGUGAGAAAAGUGAACCUCGGUCAUUAGACAGUCAGGGAGCUGAAAAAUCAAGUAAUUUGGCUUUUGGUGAAGUUAUCUCAGAUAUGGAUUACUUUAAAAGUAGAGUAAAGAAAGAGUGGUCAGAUUCAGAAAAAAGUGAUGAUGAGGAUAACAGUGACAACAGUGGCAAGGAUGGUGGGAAAAGCAAAUUACUGAAGAUGCGCAGAGAGCACCAGGACAUUCAGAAAGUUGAUCCGAAGGUUCAGCGUAAUGCUUUAGAAACAGAAGCUUCUGAAGAGGAGGUCGAAGAGGGCUUUUCUGAAGACCCCGAGCAUGAGGUGAUUGAUACUAAAAAGGAUGUUCUGGAGACUGGUCGUCUUUUUGUCCGUAACCUGCCAUAUACCGCCACUGAGGAUGAACUGGAAGAGCAUUUUCGCAAACUCGGCAAUGUUUCUCAGGUCCAUCUUGUCAUUGACAAAGAUACAAAGCGGUCCAAAGGAAUUGCUUAUGUCGUUUACACGCUUCCAGAAUCUGCAGCUAGAGCACUAGACGAACUAGACAAUUCAAUUUUUCAAGGAAGGCUAUUGCAUGUUAUGCCGGCAAAGCAAAAGCAUAAUUCUGAGAAACAAGAGAGCAAUGCUUUUGCCAAUGAAUCUUUGAAAACAUUUAAGCAAAAGAAGCAGAAAGAGAGGAAGUCAUUGGAAGCCAGUGGAAAUACACAAGCAUGGAACAGUUUGUUCAUGCACCCUGAUACGGUUGUUGAAAACAUCGCUAGGGAAUUUGGAAUCAGUAAAAGUGAUGUACUUGACCGAGAAGCUGAUGAUCUUCCUGUUCGUAUUGCUCUGGGAGAAACUAAAGUAAUUGCAGAAACCAAAAAGGCUCUUGUAAAUGCAGGAGUUAAUAUAGCGUCGUUAGAAGAACUUACUAUUGGGAAAACUGAUGGUGUGAAGAGAAGCGACCACGUUAUAUUGGUUAAGAACUUGCCUUAUGGUUGUUCUGAAGAUGAACUGGAUAAGAUGUUUCGGAAAUUUGGGAGUUUGGACAAAAUUAUUCUCCCUCGAACAAGAACCCUAGCUCUGGUCGUUUUCCUUGAACCAUCUGAGGCACGUGCAGCUUUCAAAGCUAAAGCAUACAAGUGUUUCAAGGGUACUCCACUGUAUUUGGAAUGGGCGCCUGGCGAUAUUCUUAGUCAGAACUCCAAAAUUCUUGAGAAUACAAAUAAUGCUGUCAUUGUCGGUGAGCAUCAAGCCAGGAGGGUGUUAUUAGAGCAACAUGUGGAAGGAAUAGUUGAUGCAGACGUUGAUCCUGAUAGAAUCGAGUCGCGUUCACUAUAUGUGAAGAACCUGAACUUCAAAACAUCUGAUGCAUCUCUUGGAAAGCAUUUUAGUGAAUUAAUGAAAGAGGGAAAAGUCCUCAGUGCCAGGGUGAAGAAGCACUCAAAAAAUGGAAAGAAUGUUUCCAUGGGUUUUGGUUUCCUAGAAUUUGAUUGUGUUGAGACGGCAGUUACGGUGUGCAAGGAUUUACAGGGAACUGUUUUGGAUGGGCAUGCUCUUAGCUUGCAACUUUGUCAUGCUAAGAACGAUGGAAAAGUGUUGAAAAGUGUUGACAAGUCUCUGAGUUCAACAAAAUUAUUUGUGCGAAAUGUAGCUUUUGAGGCUACAGAGAAAGAUCUCAGGCAACUGUUUAGUCCAUUUGGGGAGAUUAAGCGUAUUAGGUUGCCAAGGAGGAUUGGACACCAUGGCGGCUUUGCUUUUGUAGAGUUUGGCACAAAACAAGAGGCCAAUAAUGCCAUACAAGCUCUUUCAAGUACCCAUCUGUAUGGUCGGCAUCUGGUUCUGGAAAGAGCAAAAGAGAGGGAGAGCUUAGAAGAUUUACGGGCUAAAACUGCUGCUCAAUUCAGCGACAGGCAAGAUGGGAUGAGUUCAACCAAAAUAUCCAAGAAAAGGAAUCCCAUGGCUGUUUUGGACGAAUCAAAUGUUAAAUUCAGAAGGAUUGCAGAUUAGAGUCUUCAGAUUUUCCAUGUACUGUAUGAGCUAUUUUUCUUAUUUUUUCAUGUAAUUUGUGUUUUUCUUAUCCAUAUAUUUGCUCUGGCCCAGUUUUACAUGUUGGGUGCUGGUAGUUCUUCUCAGUGUUGGUAUAAUCCUUUCUGAGAAGUAGCUCUGAAAAAUAUAAGUGGAUAAUUUUAUGAGCCGUUCACGAUUUCUCGUUGAGAAGUUCAAUUUUGUUAGUAUUUUGUAUCAUCAAAUGCAGACAUCUAUUAUUUCGGGAUGAA